UCAUAUUGCAAAACAAAUCAUAACAAUGUCGGAUCGUCUAUCGCGCACGGAAGUCUUGAAACUCAGUCUUGAUGAGUACAUCGAUCGCUAUGUGACCGACGAUGUGAAGUUGGGACGCCGCUCGAGUCGAGGAUCGUAUCGCCAUCGGCGACAACUCUAUCAGCGCACUCAUUACUUUGCGCUCUCCUAUCAGCGAGAGCAUCAGGAGCGGAUUCAGAAGUUGCGGGCAGCGCGUCAUGAGGAACGCAUCCGGGAAUAUCGCAGGGAGCAGGCAUUGCAGGAGCAGAAGCAGGAGCAGCAAGAGGAGCAGAAAGAGCAGCAGGAAAUAGCGGACUCCGAUGAGGAGCCAAUUGAUGAAGCCAACAAUAAUCUAUUAAAGCCGAUGAAUGAAUAUAAUUACAAUCUGUUGGUAGGCAUGGGAUUACUUUUGCCCAAACCGAACAAAAAUCAAAAGAUCCCGCUGCCAGAGACUUCUGAGGCAGAGAAUCGCGAAUUGGUCAUAGUAAAAGUUGAGUCCGAAGCGCCAACAACCAUCAAGAAGGAGCUACAAAUGGCUCAGAUUGAAGAUAAAAAUAUCCCGAUGCCAGAGACUCGCCAAUUGGUCAUAGUAAAAGUUGAGUCCGAAGAACCAACAACCAUCAAGAAGGAACUACCAAUCGCACAGAUUGAAGAUACAAAGGAAAAUGUACCGGAAAAUCAAAUAGAAUUCAUCAUUAAGGAGAAAAUCGAAUCAGAGUAUCAAUUUCAAUACAUUAUCAAGGAGGAAAUGCAAACCGAAAUGCAAGUUGAAUACAUCAUUAGAAAGGAAGCCGAGUCUCAGAUCGAAGAUGAAUACACUAUCAACGAGUUAGCGUAUACAAAUGAUGAUGACUUUAAGCAGCAAGUUGUGGCAGAGUAUGGAAAUGAAUUCACCAUUCAAUCGGAGGUGGAAGAUGAAUACAAUACUGCGAAAGUUGAAUCCGAGAUUGAAGAUGAAUGCUCCACAGAUACGAUUAUCGCGGAAAUCGAAAAACACACAAGGGAGGUUAUCGAAAUGGAGCAAGAUAUCAAUAGUGAUAUGCUCUAUAUACCCACUAAUCUUUCAAUUAACGAAUGAAUAACACCAUACUAUAAAACACUACACUACACUUUAAUAAAUCCAACAUUUAUUUACAUCUUUA